CCUCAGCAUCACUUCUUACAAAGAGAUUCAAACAUGGGAGGAUCUUCAACAAAAUCUGAAUUUGUCUCUGUUUUGGCUGAUAAACAAGUAAAAGAAGGAGAAGAUGUUACUCUUUGCUGUACGAAAAACCCAGGAGAAGUAACAGCAAAGUGGAAGAAGAAUGGACAUAGCUUGGAAUGUGUGGAGGGCAAACAUACAACAGAAAAAAGUGAAACAACAUGUAGCUUGAUAAUCAAAAAUGCAGAAAAGGCAGAUGAAGGGAACUACACAUUAACCCUGGAGUAUAAGGCUGGUAGCGUCUCAUGCUCUGCCAUGGUCAUUGUUGAACUCAACGAAUGGAGGACUGUCCAGUGGGAACAAGAUCCAACGAUCACAACCCUAAAGAACUUCAAAAUUGGUAAUGCAAAACUCAGAGAGCUUCGCUUUCUUCUGAACGGACCAGUUGGAGCAGGAAAAUCCAGCACCAUCAGCACCAUCAAAAGCAUUUUUGAAGGACAUCAGUUCAUCAACUGCCUGGCUGCUUCAGAUUUAAACAGUGGCAUGAGUUUUACAACUAAGUACCAGAAGUUCUCUAUUGGAACUUUACCAUUUGCCUUCUAUGAUGUGAUGGGCCUGGAAGAAGACAAAGAAGAUGGACAAUCAAAAGGGGUGCGCUCUGAUGACAUCAUCAAGGCAUUGAUGGGUCACAUAGCAAAUGACUAUGAAUUCAAACAAGAAUGCUCAAUAUGUGAAGACAGUAAAUAUUACAUCAGUGAUCCCACUCUGAAAGAUAAGAUUCAUUGUCUAGUGAGUGUUAUUGCAGCAGACAAAGUUACCCUAAUGGAUGAUAAAGUCAUCCAGAAAAUGAAGACCAUCAGAGCAGAAGCCAGUAAAUUAGGAAUCCCUCAGUUGGUUUUCAUGACAAGAGUGGACAAGGUGUGCACAGUGACAGAGAAGGAUUUGACCAAGAUCUACCAAAGCAAGAAGAUCAAAGAGAAAAUGGAAGAGUGCAGCACUAGACUGGGAGUCCCUAUGAACUGCAUCUUCCCUCUGAAGAACUAUCAUGAGGAGAUCAAGAUGAAUGAGAAGCUGAACUGCCUGGUGCUGGAGGCCUUCACACAGGCUGUGUAUUCAGCUAAUGACUAUGUGAAAAAGUUCUCACGCAAAGAGAAAUGUCUAGAAUGCUUCAUCUUCAUAUAAAAGCUAUAUGAAGAAGUUCAGCGUGGAUAUAGAUGGUGAGUCAGGAAUCACCCACAUAUCUCUAACACAAUUACUAAUAUAUUGAUCUCAUUUUAAUGAUUAUAUUUUAGCAUAGGGGGUGUACCUCUGAGGCAUGUUGCCCUUCCCCUCUAGCAACUUCCAGUAACUGGUGUGCAAUUUAAGGCUGUAGCAUCUAUAUGCAUGGACAUAUUGUCAGGCUCCAUUACCCCAUUCAUUAUUGGUCACUUUCUGACCACAAAACCGCUGUUGACUAGAUGUUAUUUGGGUGGUGGACCAUUCUCAGCAGUGCCAUGGUACUGUGUGCAGCGUUGGUGUAAGUGCUAAGUUGAGAGUGGUCCAAAACCCAAAAAUAUGCAGCCAAGAGCAGCUCUGUGGUAACAAACUGACCAUUCAUGAAGGU